AAUUUGGAAUCGUGUUUGGGAAUUUUCCCACCCUCCUGACCUCCUCCAUUUUCAACCAUGUUCCCUCUCAAUUCUCAAAUGAUCAAAUCUCCCUCCUUCUCAAUUUAUUCUACUUUCUUGCACGCUCUCUCUCUCCGAUUCAGAAACAACCUGAGAGAGAGGGAGAGAUGACGAUCGAAAUGCUGAAAGGACUGCCGUUCUCGGUGGACACAUGGUCGCCAAAUUCAAGCCGAAAGCGGAGCCACUUCCUCACGCACGCCCACAAAGACCACACUCAAGCGAUCUGCACUUACGCCUCUUAUCCAAUCUACUGUACCCUUCUCACCAAGUCUCUCGUUCUUCAACAUUACCCUCAGCUUGAUGGGUCAGUCUUUGUGAAUAUUGAGGUGGGGCAGAGUUUGGAGAUCGAGGAUCCCCAUGGCAGAUUCACUGUCACUGCCUUUGAUGCCAAUCAUUGUACUGGAGCUCUUAUGUUCUUAUUUGAAGGAAGUUUUGGUAACAUAUUGCAUACUGGGGAUUGCAGACUUACAACUGAAUGUUUGCAAAGGUUACCAGAGAAGUAUGUAGGCAAGAGAGGAAGAGAGUCUAGGUGUCCACUUGAUUGUGUUUUCCUGGACUGCACUUUUGGUAAGUUUCCAUUGAGGAUGCCCACAAGGCAGUCAGCGAUCCAACAGGUCAUCAAUUGUAUAUGGAAGCACCCUGAUGCCCCAACAGUGUAUUUGACCUGUGAUCUUCUUGGCCAAGAGGAGAUCCUUGUUAAUAUCUCCAGAGCAUUUGGUUGUAAGAUAUACAUUGAUAAAGAGAAAAAUCCAGAAUGUUCCCAGGCUCUGGAACUUUUGGUUCCUGAAAUUCUCUCUCAAGAUCCGUGUUCUCGUUUCCAAUUGUUUGAUGGAUUCCCUGGACUGUAUGAUAGAGCAGAAACCAAGAUUGCAGAAGCUCGGGCUAAUUUCCAGCACGAGCCUCUUAUCAUCCGCGCUUCAUCACAGUGGUAUGCAUAUGAUGAAGGGUGUUCUGAAAUGGAAACACGAAAAAAGGAAAGAUUUGAUCAAGCCGUGAGAGAUUCGUCUGGAGUCUGGCAUGUUUGUUAUUCAAUUCACUCUUCCAGGGAAGAACUGGAGUGGGCUCUGCAACUUCUUACACCCAGAUGGGUUGUGUCAACAACACCUAGUUGCAGGGCUAUGGAACUGGAUUAUGUGAAGAAGCAUUGCUUUAACCGUAAACAUGCUAUGGAUGAUCCUUUUUGGAAACUUCUGGAGAUUGACAUGAGUGCAUCCCAAGGCACUGAACUAGAAGAAGCUUCUGUUGCAUCUGAUGUCCCAAGUUUUCAGGUUCAGACUACUUCUAAGAGUAAUAUUGAGCUCUUGACCCAACCUGCAGUAUCACCAAGGAGACAGUUGCAUGUUUCUCCUCCAAGGAAAAGGCUACCUGUUACAUUAUUUGGUAGAGCUAGACAGGGGAUUGUAGAUUCAGCUUUCACUUUUGAAGUCAAUAAAGGACAUAACCCAGAUAAUUCUGGUAAGACAGCAAGAAAUGUAUUUCAGAAGCGUGUUACUAAGGAGGAUGGCAAGAGUGACUUGGAGGGCUGCAAAGGUUCAAAGGUUGCUUAUACAAAGCAUAUAUCAGUAGAAAUGAAGAUAGAGUUAGAUAAAGUGAAAGAAUCUAAUGCUCCAAACAUAAUAAUGGAGCGUCAAAGAAAUGGUUCCAGUACACCUAAUGGAUCCUCAGAGAAUGUUGGAAAGGAGGACAAGAGUCACUUGGAGGAAAACAGAGGUUCAAAUGUUGACACAAAUCAUAUGUCAGUAGAUACGAGGAUUGAGUUAAAUAAAUUUGAAGAGUGCAGCUUGAUAGAUACAGUAAAUGAGCACCAAGGAAGUGUUUCUGCUACUUCUAAUGGAUCCUCAAAGAGUUUUAGUGCAAGCUUGAGAAAGUUUUAUCGCUCUAUGAAUGCACCAGUACCUGAGCCACUUCCAUCACUUGUGGAACUUAUGAAUGCUAAUAAACGUGCAAGAAGGUGGUUAUGAGUUAUAAUGUCUUGUAGUUUAGCCCGCCGUUUAUACUCUUCUCAACUGUGUCCCGACAUGAUAAGCCUCAACCCUUAAGAUGAAUGUGGUGUCAAUUUGGUUCUUUAUCCACCCAAUUCUGUUUCCAGUACCAAAUUUGUUGUCCUUUUACAGAACAAAGGAAGUACUUUAUCACAGGCAGCUCAUACAGCAUACAGUACCUCACAUGGAAUGCAAAUGCAUAUGGUAUAGGGUAUCCUUGUACCCUUCAUUCUUUCCUGCAGACUGCUAAACCAUUGUUGUAACCUGCAAGCCAAGAUUUUUUACUGUAACAAUACUACAAUAGGUCAAUUUAUACACAUCUAUUUUAUUUUAUAUUUGUUAUCAUGUUAUGUACAGAUGAUAUGUCUUUUCCUCUUCCAAUAUUUAUUCCAAGUACAUGGACCAUAUUCCAGUGGGAUUCAGGUUUAAACAUUGUCCAUGAAUACAAAUUCUUCAAUUGCAUUUCCUUUGAA